AUGAUUGUCAGUAACGAGGUUGAGAUUCUGCGCGUCGGUGAAUCCUCUCGCAUAUAUAACUGCGAGACAGGAUCUAGGGUGUCAGUAGUCGUGUGUGGUUGUCACGGGAAGGUUCUUACACAUUUUGCUAAGUACCUAAGCGACCUUGAUGAAGAGAUCAUCUCGCGGAAACCAUCAGUUGGUGGCAGCUUGCCGCACCAAAAUCGUGUGGAUGUGGAUAUGUGGAGUUUCAGCGAGAAAGAUCUCUCUGGAAAUAGGGGUCAGCCUCGUGCAAAGGUGAAACGGGAAAAUAACAGGAUGACACCGCUGGAGAUUGUGAGUGUACUGGAGGUAAUGUUGAUACUACGCUACUGUCCCUUUGCUGGAGGGACUCUUCGUCUGCCUCCAGGUGAAAAUGGGAGUCCUUACUGGUCUGCUGGAGUUGUACUUGAAGUUGCCGGUCAGCCAGACUGUUCCUAUAUUGUCAUUCAUAACGACAUGCAGCCAUUCUUAACCGAUUUCGUUAGCUUUUACCGGCUGCUGUCUUCCUGGGGUAUGGCACUGUUCAAGGUGGAAGCAGGCAGCCAGGAAGGCACUGUGAUGCAAACACAGAUCUCGCGUAUUGUUGCACAAGCUCGGCAGGUGCGGCAGAUGUGGCAGUGUGUGACAGUGGUGGUGGUUACUGACGACGCGGCCUUCCUCGGAGCUUUCGCUGAGUGCUCCCUCAAAGGCCGCCUCUUGGUGUGGUCGACGAGGCUCUUAAUCGUCUCCCGCCUGCCUCUUCCCGAGCUACAGCUUCUCCUCAAUGGUAGUUGGACAUUCUCCAUGAUGAAUGUCAUGUUGGUAGUGUUGAACGAGAGCUUGAGUCAACCCAGUUUCAGCGUGUAUGUAAACUUGCCGUACAGUGUCUCCGGGGCCAAAUUAGAGAGGACUGCGAUUUGGACAACUAAUCUAGGCCUUCAUCUCUUUAACCAUCAUCUCUUCCCUGAAAAGUUCAAUAACUUUCACGGAGCUACAGUAAACGUGACAGCCUUGUCUUAUAGACCAUACUGGAAUGAAGAUGAGGAACAGAUGGGUGAGAACUCUGGUGUUACCAGGUACUCAGGCAGUGACGCCAUGAUGCUACGUACCAUAGCUGACGCUCUAAACUUUACCUUUAUUGUGCUACCUGUAAGCACUUGGGACCAGGUCACAGGCUUGGUGAUGGACAGGUCCUCUUUCAUGGCUACUAUAUACCAUAUAGUACUGCCACAACGCUGUCUUCUAUAUGAUUUUACAUACAUCUAUACUCAAGUGUUGACCUCUUUCACAAUGGCCACACCUUCACUCACUUCUAACUGGAACAGUCUCUUCGACCCUCUGGCUAUCGAGGUUUGGGUGUCAAUCUUAGUGGCCCUGCUUGUCAUGCCUCCCUGUCUGUUUAUGAUCACUCACCCGGGAGACAGAGCAGAAUUAAAUUAUAAACUAACCAUAGAAGACUCUGGCGAAAUAGCCGUUGGAACGCUGCUUGGCCAGAGUACCAAGAAGCAACUCUCUGAAGCAGUUCGAGUCGGUUGUUGUUGGUAGACUUGGCUGGUGUUCGCCUUCAUCGUGAGCAACGUCUACAGGGGCAACCUGACAGCCGCUCUCACCCUCCCCAAGUACCCACCCAGACCAGAGACACUGGAGCAGCUCAUCAAAGUUGUUGAUAAGGUAACGAUGCCUGAUUACGGAGAAAAUUUCCAACAGUUUUUUAAGGAGUCUGAUUCCGUAGUUUAUCAAAGACUCUCUAGCAUCAUGGAGAUCGUCCCUUCUGCAGAGUACGGACUUCGCCAAGCGGCAGAGAAGAAACAGGCUUACAUGGACGGGUACAACUACCUGCAGCAGAUGAUCGCUGACUACUACACACAGGUGGAUGGCAGCACUAAGCUUUACAUCGGCAGGGAAAGCAUCGUUCCUGGGCCGGGAGCCUGGCCAAUACCUCACGACGCUCCUUACAAACCACAGCUUGAUAAAUUAAUCAUGUAUAUUACCGAAGCUGGAUUAUACGAAAAAUGGAUUAAUGACAUGAUUGUGAAGGCCAAGGAAGACAGUCGCAGGAGACAGCGUAAGCAGUUGGAGACAGGACUGAUGGUGAUCACCCAGAGCUCACCAGGAACGAGGGAGAAUAAACCCCUUACACUACUCCACAUGCAAGGUCCAAUUAUGCUCGUUGCUCUGGGUCUAUCUUCGUCUAUGAUUGUGUUUGUAACUGAAUUGUUGUUAAAAUUAUGCAAGACAGGAACUGCUCAGUAA